AUGCCUGGCUUGGUGAGAAAGCUGGCUAUCAUCGCCGCGGUCGACGGACUCAUUCUCCAACCUCAUGGCAAUGGAAAUCGCAAUGGUGGUAAUAGUCCUGCACCUAUUCGCAUCGAAUAUAGGACGGAUAAAAUCACGGCGCUCGCCCAGCCGCAGUUGGAGCUUGUGGGGAAGCGCGAUGCUUGUCUUGAAUCGCAUGGUUUGAUAGGACUGCUCAAUGUCGCAUCAUAUUCUUUUCUUAUUUCUAUUACCCAGCGCAAACAGGUCGCACAAAUACUGGGCAAGCCGAUAUAUGCAGUGACUAGUGUUGUGGUCAUCCCACUAUCCUCUCAGUCAGAUGCGAGUCAUGCGAUACUCCAAGCACAGCAAAAUAUAGCGCGGCAAGAUAAAGAAUCGGCCGAAGCUAUCUUGGAAGUUGAAACAAGCAGUGGAGCGGAGGAUGACUCCGAUGCCACCGCCGAAGAUAUCGCCAUCUCUUCUCCCGGCCUAGAGAGCACUGAGAACCCGGAAGACAAGCAGGGAUCCACAAACGGUAGUAGAGUCGCACAAGAUGUUAUUAGCAAUCGGGGUCGUAACGGCAGAUUCUCUCUUAACUGGUUUUCCAGAAAGCGCUGGGGUUCCACAGGAUCUUCUUUCUCUAGCCAGACCAAAGCCGACGAAGUAGAGGAAGAGGCUAGCAGCGAAAGAACAAAGCAGAAAUCGGUAUCUAGUGCUCUUAAGGAGCAACCUGAAGCCGAAGCAACACAUGUUCUAGAUGAUGCCUCGCAUGAAGAGAAGAUUCAAGACCUAGUCGCACCCAGCAAGCCCAUUGAUCUAAUGCCAAAACUCUUGAGAUACACAAAGAUGUUAUUUUCGUCGCAGAACUUUUUCUUUUCUUAUGAUUAUGAUUUGACCAGGCGGUAUUCAGUUCCGGAUUCUCGAGAUGCUCAAUUGCCUCCUCAUGGCCUGGCGGAUUCGUUGUAUUUUUGGAAUAAAUUUCUUUUGAAGCCAUUUAUAGAAAACGGAAAAGCCUCGACUACAUUCGUUUUACCGGUAAUACAAGGCUUUGUCGGGCAGCGAGAGUUCACCGUCGCGUCAAGUAAGAAUCAGGAUGCGGAUUCCGCAGGCCCAGACAAGAAGAUGGUUGUUGCUGGCGAGACGGCCGAAGAAACAGCAGACGAUUCAUCAAAAGAGAAACACAGCGAGGAUUUUCUCCUCACGUUGAUUUCGCGGCGCUCCACUCAACGUCCGGGAUUAAGAUAUCUCCGACGUGGUGUGGAUGAUGAUGGUAAUACGGCUAAUACUGUAGAAACUGAACAAAUUUUGUCGACGCCAAACUGGGAAACGUCUCGUAAUGUGUAUUCCCUGCUACAAUUGCGAGGUUCGAUACCUCUAUACUUCUCUCAGUCACCUUAUUCGCUUAAGCCUACACCUGUGAUCCACCACUCUAAUGAAACAAACCAGCUUGCAUUUAGUCGGCACUUCCGUGAUUUGAAUAGGAAGUAUGGAAAGAUCCAAAUAGUGUCUCUCCUUGACAAACGUGGGGUGGAAACCAAACUCGGAGAAGCCUAUGAGGCAUAUACACGAUCUUUCAAUGAGGAGGGCCGUCAUAAUGAUUACAGCUUAGGCUUUGAAUGGUUCGAUUUUCAUCACGAAUGUCGUGGCAUGAAGUUUGAAAAUGUUAAAGGGCUAGUGGAUAGACUGGAAGGGACGCUUGAAACCUUUGGAGAGACAGUUAUGCAGGACAAUUCUAUUUUGAAGGAGCAAUCUGGGAUAGUCCGUACUAAUUGUAUGGACUGUCUAGAUCGUACAGGCGUAACCCAGUGCGCUUUUGCGCAGAGGGCAUUGGAAAAGCAAUUGAAAAAUGAGGGGUUUGCUAUCGAUCUAAAGGAAGACUCGUCGACGCAGUGGUUCAAUGUUCUAUGGGCAGACAAUGGCGAUGCUAUUUCAAAGCAAUACUCGUCUACAGCAGCUCUGAAGGGUGAUUAUACUCGCACUAGAAAACGCAACUACCGAGGCGCUCUUAACGACUUUGGCUUAACUCUAUCUCGAUACUACAACAAUCUCGUUAGUGAUUAUUUUUCGCAGGCCUGCAUCGACUACCUUCUAGGAAACGUGUCCAUUCAGGUGUUUUCUGAAUUCCAGUUCCAUUUGCAAACUAUUGACCCCGGUAUUUCAGUUGCGAAAUUGCGCCAAAACGCUAUCGAUACCUGUAGCAGACUUGUGGUUGAUAACCAGAGCGAAGAGCUUCUCGGUGGCUGGGUGAUGCUUGGUCCACGACAAUCUAAUACAUUACGAACUCUUCCCUUCGAAGAGACUGUUCUACUUCUGACAGAUGCUGCAUUAUACAAUUGCCGGCUAGACUGGAAUGUCGACAAGGUGGUGUCAUUUGAGCGCAUAGACUUGCGCUCCAUUAACUGUAUCCGAUACGGAACCUAUAUAACCUCCGUUCUGUCCGACGCGCAAACCGACGAGGCACGUAAUGUCGGUAUUGUGAUUCUGUACCAGAACGGUAAUAUCAAUGCUUUUCGUGUAAACACUCGGUCCAUGCAGAGCAGCUUCAAUCAGGAUGCGCAGGACAAUACGAACACUGGCGAAGAAUGGGAUUUGACAGCAUGGCUUCGGGGGCCGAAAAAGCCAUCAGCAAGGUUCAUGGCGUUCAAAGCCCUCCCUAUUUCAACAUCUGCUACGAAUAAUCUGUCGGCCGAGGCCACUGUUAGCGAGAGCGUUGCGGUCAAAUCGAUAUGCCAGGAGAUUGAGCGUGCCAUACGGGAUCAGGAUCGGGAAAAUGCCAGCGAUAACUCGGUGAUUGAGGAGAAAGCGAUUAUUUCACUGGCUGAAGCCAAGAAAAGGACUGGAUAUCUUGAGCAAUUGGUAUAUGAUGUGAAGAAAUUAGUUUGGGCAUGA